CGCUAGUAAUAUUGGAGGCCCGACAACAGCUAAUCAGAAAUUGAAACAUGCAGAUACUUUAAAUCAAUGGUACUCAAAAGAAAAGGAUAACGCCCAGCCUGUAAACUAUCUAUUGGGAGACAUCGCAAAUAAUCUAUGAAUUUCGAUGAGAUUAUGACGAUACGCUCAAUAACCAACAAUUUUGUCAGUGGUUCAUAGGAUACCCAACAUUUUGGAUGCAUCAAAUGAAGUAAAAUUUUGCUGUGUUCAUAUCAUGAGCACAGUUCCUGCAGUAGUGGCCGCCAUUGACUUUGGCACGGCAUAUUCCGGAUAUGCAUUUUCAUUUCGCCACGAACUGUUAGAGAAACCGCCUAAAAUCAACACCUGUAACUGGCUUGCUGGCAGCCAGUCAUUAAUUUCCCUGAAGACCCCGUCUGUUGUUCUGUUGAAGCCGGACAGAACUUUCCAUUCAUUUGGAUACGAAGCUGAGAAUAAAUACGGACAACUGACAGAAGAUAAACAGCACAAAGGAUGGCUUUACUUUAAGCGCUUCAAGAUGGUGCUCCAUAAAAACAAGAGUCUCACACGCACGACCACAAUUAAAGAUGUAAACGACGAAGAAAUGCCCGCCAAAACCAUUUUUACUAUGGCAAUACAGUACCUGAAAGGUCAUCUAAUGGAAACGGUGAUGAAGAGAGUGGACGCCAUUGAAGAGAACCAGGUUCGCUGGGUGGUCACCCUUCCUGCCAUCUGGGAUGAGGGCGCCAAACAGUUCAUGAUGGAAGCCGCAAUUGAUGCUGGUAUUGACAGGAAACAGCUGAUGUUCGCCUUGGAGCCGGAGGCAGCUUCUAUUUAUUGCAACAACGUUCCUGUUGGGAUUAAGUCCUACAGCGAUAAGGAACCAAGACCAUUCAUUCUGGAACCGGGAACCCAAUAUAUGGUGUUAGAUAUAGGAGGAGGAACAGCUGACAUUACGGUUCAUGAAGUACAGGCUGGUGAGAAAUUACGCGAAAUCCACCAUGUCACGGGCGGGGCGUGGGGAGGAACCAAAGUGGACGACGCUUUCUACCAAUUCCUGGCAAAGAUAUUCGGAAAUAAUGUUCUGACAGCUCUUAAAGACGAGAGUUUAGAGGAUUACCUGCGACUUUUCCGCGAUUUCGAAACAAAGAAACGUACAAUCACCCCAGACAUGGAAGAAGAUGUAACUAUAACACUGCCCUUUCUUUUGAUGGAUAUUUUCAGAAACGAAACACAAGAGAAGCUCUCAGAUACCAUAAAACAGACACGUUUUGCAAAGACAGUGAAAUACAAAAAUGGAAAACUAAAAGUCAAAGCACAUAUUUUCAAAGAUUUUUUUGAUGGAGCACUACAAGGAAUAGUCACCCAUAUCGACGAUAUAAUGAAAUCUUUUCCAGAAGAUUCGAUUUCAAUAAUUCUUCUUGUGGGUGGUUUUUCUGAAUCCAAUAUGGUUUUGAAGAAAAUAAGGGAAUUAUUUCCCGAUAAGAAAGUUAUCACACCCGCCGAUCCAGGAUUAGCAGUCUUAAAAGGGGCCGUGUUAUUUGGGUAUACUCCAACCGUUGUUUCAUCGCGUAUUAGUCGCUACACCAUUGGAUUGGAAGUAAAUGUGCCAUUUAUUGACCACCUCCAUCGAUAUGAACACAAAUUCGAAAGACCAGAUGGGAAAGCCAUGUGUCAACACAUUUUUGAAUCACUUGUGCAGAAAGGUGAGCAUGUCUGUGCUGGCCAUAAGAAAGAAAAUACGUAUACACCUAGUGAGGUGGACGCCAUCACGGGAAUAGGAAUCUACCAAUCAACAUCACAGAAUCCCGUAUAUACCACCGAGAAAACAUGCUCGAAAAUUGGCACCAUUGUACUUCGAAAACCAAACGGAGGCUGGUCUAAAGAUGCUCAGAUUCACGCUGCUGUUGAGUUCGGAGGCACACAGUUCGACGUGGCAUUGACAGAUGAUUGUCUUGAUGAAACGUACAGACACUCUUACGACUUUCUUACAAAUUAAACAAUCAAUUAAAUUUGCUAUAUACAUUGAUAUGGAUAUAUAUAUUAUAUGUUCGCUGCAUUUUGAUGUAUUUAAGUUGAGAUUUAAAUGCAUGCCCGUUCAUUCAUUUAAUUGUCUUUGAUGUAAAUAAGAUGUCCGUAAUUACAGGACGGAGGAUGCUGACUCUACUAUAAAAACUAUUUAAAUUCGCAAUGAUGAAGGGUACUCUUCUGUGUUCUAUAGUUUAAUUGAGGUGUUAAUAUAUUUGGAACUAAACAAAGAAGUAUUUUUUAAAUUGUCAAAUCACCAAAUGAAGAAAUCGUCCAUACAAAAACGGCCAGUAUCUGCUUGGAAAACCUAAAUAAGAAUGUCCGUAAUUGUUUAAUUUUUGUAUAUUUUAUGCUUGUGAAUUUGUAUUCUAAUCUGUAACCCAAUGAUCAAAUAUAUAUGGUCAAUAAUAAAUAAAUGUAGGUUCAAGUAUUCUACAUUUGAAUUCCA